UAUCUUUGAAUAGAUCUUGGAAAUGGAUAUAAAGGAACAUGAGCAAGGAUAUCAGCUAGAGGAUUUCGCAUUCUGUAGCCCAGAAGAGGCUGAGAAUAGAUCCUCAAAUGAAGCAUCCAAGGAAAGUAGGGUAUAUGAUGAUCUGAGUAUCUUUGAGAUAGAACAGACUGACCCUUCUGAGAGAGUCUGUGACCCUAAAAGAGUGAUUAAGAAGUAUUCACGAGAGAUUAAUGCUGGUACGAAUUAUCCCAGAUCUCCAGAAGUCCUACUAAACUGAGUAUUGUACAUGACAAAUGAGAUUUUGGAUGCAAAGCCAGAUGGCUACUUCUCAAAAACGCUUGCAAAAUGUUCCAAUCCAAAUGUAAAAAUUUACAAUUUCUGUAGUGACAGAUUCAGGGCUGUUUUACAAGACUUAACGAUUAACGGGGAUUCCAGCGAAGAGACCAUCGCAUGCUACCAGAAGAUGGUAUAUUUCUACAUAGAUUAUGGCGUCAUUAUGCUAGAUUGGCCUGAUUUCCCUCUCACACCACACUGCCAGCUGCUAUCACAUUGCUUAGUGAACCUGAACACCUGUCACAAUCAAUCUGGCUCAACUAAUCAGUCUGAAUUUCUAGGAUAUCUACUCAUAGUUGCAGAAGAUGAUCCCUUAUGGACCAUUGAACUGCUAAAGAGCACAGAAUUCGAAGUUGCUCAAGUAGCUUUAAAGGCACUUAAGCCAAGAUGGAAAAGGAAUGAAGCAGAAGAGGAAAUUAAGCAAGAAUUAGGAAGAUUAGAGAAAUUGAGGAUUUUAAUUGAUGCUCAGAGAGGAUGGAGUAGGAGGAAAUUAGAGUUCGAUCAAAUUAAAUAAAAGUAUCAAAGAAAUCCAUACAUUUAUCAUCGACUCAAAACCAACCAAAAAACUGAAAUUCAAAAUUAGGCCAGAAACACUGUCCAAAUUUCUACCAUUCUCAUCAGCUUCCACUCACAGCCUCGAGCUCCAAGAUGAUGGGUUCUUGCACCCUAAAGGGACAUCUUAAACCUCAGAAAUUCUUUCAAAUUUUCACUCCCAAAA